AGCUGGAAGUUACGCGUUGUUUUUGCAGUAAGUUUCCCUCACUUCAGUACUAAACGAUAGCUUGCGUCACUGCCUGCGUGUGACGACAUAAUCACAACAGUUUAACGAGCCAAUCAGAAGUUGUUCUGGCCGAACUCUAAUCAGUCCAUCACUUCAGACUUCAUCACAAAGCUGCAGCAGUCCGCGAGGAUGCGGGAUGGCAGUGGAGUGACUUUUACGCACAAGGAGGAUUUAUCGCGUUACUUUUGGUAACCUUCCGGAGUUUACUCCUCCGUCGUUGGCUCUGUAUGGAGAACUGUCUGUCCCCUGAGAGCGUGCUGAACGGCAGAUACGGGAGCACGUGAGCCUCUUAAAACGUCACCAGCAUUGAAACUUACUAUGAUUGACUUGUUAUGGACAUCAUUGAGGACUUUUUCCGUACUUUGUGGCGCCUCAGAGACUUCAUAUCACAAACUAUGACAUGAUAUGAAACCACCAGGGAGUAACCUCGCAGAAGUCCUGAUGAAUUCGAACACUUUCCAGACUUUUUCUUCCUGGAAAUGGCAAAUCGUGCCAUAUUGAUGGAGCGGCUGGUGGUUCUGAUAUGCAGCCUGUUGAUCCUGAUUAUCGGCUCAUGUGUGGGCUCUCCUAACCACAGUCGCCGGCUGGUCUGCUGGAAAGCCAUCCUCAAGUGCCACGGAGAGCCGGAGUGCCAUUACGCUUACGAUCAGUACCUCUACGCCUGCGCUUCUGUCAUCAACGGAGCGCGUAAAAAGUGUCCCAGCCACUGCAUCUCCUCUCUGAUCCAGCUCAAUUUAACCCAAAGUGGCCCGGGUCUGGAGGACUGCGACUGCGCCCAGGACCCGGUCUGCAGGAGCACCAAACAAGCCAUCGAGCCGUGCCUACCUCGGACCAGCACUAUGGGCUGUACGGAGGCCCGGAGGCAGUGCGAGACGGACCCGUCCUGCAGCUCCGCAAUGAAGGAUUAUCUCUUCCACUGCAGGAAACUUUUCGGAGGGGAAAGGUGCACGGAUGAGUGCCGGAAAGUGAUCGCAAACAUGCGCUCCAUACCCAAAGCGCAGCAGCUGGACACGUGUGUCUGUGAUGGCACAGACAGGAUCAUUUGUGAGUACAUUAAAGUCAGCAUGAAGACUUUCUGCUCCGAUUCCGGGGAUGGGUUCGCGGGGAGUGGAUUUUCAGACUCAGAGGAGGAUUCUGAGGAUGACUAUAUCGAUCCGGAUGAUUAUCAUUAUGUGGAAGACUCAAGUGACUCCUUAUUCUGUCAGACUGUGACUGUCCUUACCUCCAUUUUGGUUUUAACCACACUAAUAUGAAAGCUGAUGCCUUAAAGUGGAGCUACAAAGUCCCUUAACAUGUGGCUGAGCAGAAAUCACGUCAAAACUAGUCCUAAAUGAAAUUCAGGACUAUAAAAUGUGGUUAUCUCCAAUUUAUCUGCACAAAUUCACUCAUAUACUAUGCCGGAACCAUGCAAGUUUAAGUUUUAUGAUCAAAUAUGAUACCCAUUAGUUAAAUCUUAUAAAAAAAGAUGCAUUAAAGCAGCUACAACUCAGUUUCAUGGCUGCUUUUAGUGCCACUGUGAAGGCAGUUUUUGUGACUGAGAAGAAACCACAUCAGGAUAAAUUCUGUCAAAGGUUUAAGGCUUUAAAAUGUGAUUAUUUUCCAUUCACCUGCACAAAUUCACCCAAAUGCAAUGUCAAAAUCAUGCAAAUUUAUGUUUUAGGACCAGAUAUUUUAACCCUAAGCUAUAUUCUCUGAAAGAAGAUGCACUAAAGUGCAGCUACACAAAAUACAUAAAUAUAUAUAUAAAAUUGAAAUUUCUCCAUUUUAUCUGCAUCAGAGUUACUCAGAUUGCAUAACAGAAUCAUGCAAGUUAGGUUUUUAGGAUCAGAUAUGUUGCCCUGAAGUUAUAUAGUUUUAAAGGUCUGCUCUUAAUGCAGCAUCAAGGUCAGUUUCCUUCUAAGUGAACAGAAAUCACACCAGAUUCACUCCUUAUCAAAAAUAGGGCUAUAGAAUGUGAUUAUCUCCCAUUUAUCCACACAGAUUUACACAGAUGUCAUGACAGAAUAAUGCAAGGUAUGUUUUUAGGAUCAGAAAUGUUUCUGGUAAGUUAAAAGUGCUGCUACAAGUGUCAUAGUCUCUCUAAAUCAGCAUCUGAACCUGCCUUUAAUUUAAAUUUACAGCUGCUAGAUUCAAUUUUCUGUCCCUGAACUGCAAAAAUGUCCUGCAUUUGGAAUCAGAUCAAUAGCAUUUGUUGCUGAUUAUGAUAUUUGCCAAGAGUGGGUAUCAGAAGUUCAGAUUUCAGAUCAGAAUCCCCAUAAAUCUGAUUUUUGGACAUCUUUUUAAUUGUCUGCUUGUCUUAUGUGAAAAAUGCACACAAAUGCCAUGUAAAGUCCAUAAUUUUAGGCUCAGACUUCUAACAUAUCCUUUUUGUUACUAUUUUGCAAUGCAAGAGCAUACAACUUGUAGCCAAAACAUGCAUUGCAAAAUAGUGACAAAAACACAGAGGCUUUCUGAGUAAAAAAUAAAAUGCUUCAAAAAUUUUCAAUAGUGCGUACGUUAAAGCCAACAUUGUUUUGUAGCUCAUUUUUACUGAAAAUUCACCAAAAUCCUGGAGAGAAACUGUACCCAUCUGUUACACUGUAUAGCUUAGCUUCCUGGCUGAUAACCAGCAAGUCCCUCUUAUAGGAGCAAUGCUGACUAAAAUCACUGGAGGCUAAUGCCACUACUACUGCUAUGUACGCCAUAAAACUCAACUUCAAAAAUACAGAAAUAUCCCUUUAAACAAGCCUCAAUUAUACAUGUGCCUAAUUCCUUCUACUUUCCAUUAAUGGCUGUAGCAGAAUGAUGCUGUACUUUGGUGGUAAAGACUCCCAUCCUAGUUCUGUAUUCAAAGACAUUUAGAUAACAUCACUGGCUUUGAAAUUAUUUUCUGGAAUUACAGCAGGUGAUCUGCAUGUUUGAAGAUUUAUCAUUGCUGGGGCAAAAGAUCACAGCUGUUGGCUUCGAGUGCAGGAAUACGGGCUGGUAUUAGUAUCAGGAAGCUGCAGAAAAAUGUCGAAACAAUGGCGUACGAAACUUCACUUCUGACACAAGACAUCACAGCUCAAGUGGUGCAAAUACCAGAGGGACAUACAAGAAGAAAUCUUUCUUACAUUCACAGAUGUUAACUAUAUAUGAAUUUGAAAAUUACUGAAAAAGAAAAAAAGGUCAGCAAAUAUACUUGGGUGGAUUUAAAAAUGCAUGAGUGUCCCACCUAUAGGUACAGUAAAUGAGUGGGAAAGAGUGAGCUGUCUGUAUGUGCUGUUGCCUUGAAAAUGCAAAUCUGUCUUAAACCAAAAAUUUUGAGCCCUUAGAUGACUUUUUUCUGCCUCUGACCUGCAUAAACUCACUUAGCUGUCAUGCCUUAGGUGUGCUUGCAGAUUAAUUGUGCAUGUUGCACUUAUAUUUUCCAAAAAUGAUGGUUUUAAGAGCAGAAGUUAACUAAUUUGUUCUCUGAAUCUACAGAUACCCAGUCAUGUUAUGUCUAAAACUCAAUUUUGAGACUAUAAAUGUUUUAAUAUUCUACUUACCUGCCCAAAAUCAUGCAUAUGCAUUGUCAUGCAACUCUGUUGUCUUUUAUAUCUUAUUCAAAUUCAAACAAAUGUCAUGCCAAAAUCCUGCAAAUAUGGGUUUUAGGUUAAGAUCAGUUGAAUUUGUUGCCUUUUAGUCAUAUUUCAUUCCUAAUGUUAGCCACCUGAUUAUGCUAAUGUGCCUAUUUUUGUAUAUACCAUCUAUAUAAAGUCAAAUUGUACAGUAUAUUGUUAAUAAAAGUGUUUCUGUAAAAAUGUUUGUUUAUAAGAGACUAGAUUUGCACUGUACCCGGAGGUGAGUCACCCUCUUUUACAGUCUGAAAACCACAGAAGAGGAAAAAUGUUCAAAGUGCCUAAAAGUCUGGUUUUAUCCCCGUUAUGUGACCAUAUCAGAGGCAUGCUGUGAAAGCAGAGCAAUUUUCCUCCACCAGCUGUACACAGACUUCCUCCACAAGCCCGUCAUUACAAACCAAAGUUGUUGUAAGCCUCUGAAAUGUGUUUAAAUCUCCGAGCAGGAGAGUAAUGUUAGAGAAACAAGAGGAGUUACACACUUGACCCUGUCAACAUGGAUGUUUGUGUAAAGUAUGGAGUGUUAAUUCUGUAAAACUGCUCAAACACGACAGACGGGUAAACUCCUCUUAGGGGAUUUGCAGCACAAGAAGAGUUUGGUCAGUUUGUUUAUCUUCACCUCAUGUGUUAAGAGUCUUCACAGAGACUAACUUAGAGGGAAGAUGGCAGCAUUUUCAGCUGAAUGGAGAUGUAAGUGCCCAUAAUGAACACAGUCCUCUGAAUGUACAUGUACAUCCAUUGAAUAAGAAAAAUAAA